AUGCCUGCUAUUCCUGACGGUGAUAUUCCCAAAUCGCCAUAUUUGACUCACUCGGAACAAGCCGGACUCCAAGGGUUAAGCCAGUGCCUUUCAGUUUCAUGCCUGUCGUCACUCCUCCGUAGCUGUUUCGCACAAGUAGGUUCUUUACUGUACAACAUUCGAGAUGUUCCCGCUAUCGAACAAUGCGAAAAAUUCUUCCUCACGGAGAAACGAAAGCGGGACCUUUCCUGGAAUUUACCAAGGGCUACUAGUCUCCAUGAAUGGUUACAAAUUGCGGGAGAAUUGGAUGAACUUGAAGGAAACAAUGCAUGGAAAGCCAUUGACGAGUCUGACGAAUAUGACUAUGUCAUCAUACGGGAGCGCCUCGAAAAUCUGAAGCGGGCUUUGGACACAAAUGAUCUAGCUUCUAUUACGCAUAACAUUCGAACGACGUUCUCCCGUGAUCUUGCGAAUAUGACAAAUCCAGAUCUUUAUGGGCGUGCAUACAUUGGUUCAAAAAAUUUGAUAGAUCUAUAUGUCACAACGGCCGUCAACGCGGUAUCGAUGGUGCUGCAACUGGUAGAUGAACUGGAUUUGAAUGUUGAUGAAUCUCAAUUCCUGCUACACCAGUUGCAGGCUUCCCGCCAGGCUUUUGGUCGCAGCGCUCUAUUACUCUCGGGUGGCGCUACGUUUGGCAUGAAUCACACUGGUGUUGUCAAAACCCUCUGGCAAAUGAGACUUCUUCCACGUAUCAUUUCUGGUUCAUCUGCAGGAGGCGUUAUUGCUGGAGUUCUCUGUACACAUACAGAUGACGAAAUCCCGAAAAUAUUAUCCUCUCUUGCAUAUGAAGACUUUUGCGUAUUUGAGCCGCGAAAUGAAGUGGAGAGUGUAAUACGCCGGCUGAAGCGAUUUCUUCAAACUGGCUCCCUCUUCGAUAUUGUCCACCUCAGAAAAGUUAUGCAAGAUCUCCUAGGUAACAUUACGUUUCUGGAAGCAUACAACCGCACGAGAAGAAUACUCAAUAUCACUGUGUCUCAUUCGGAAUUCCAUGAACUUCCUCGGCUAUUAAAUUAUAUUACUUCCCCUAAUGUAAUGGUCUGGUCUGCCAUGUAUGUCCUGCCCAAUCUGCUAUGUGGUGAGAUACUAACUGACAUCAACAGAGUGACAUCUUGUUCCGUCCCCCUUGUGUUUUCGGCAUCCUCACUGAUGGCAAAAGAUCCAGUGACGGGAGAAAUACUAGACUGGGGAGAAUCUUUAGUUCAAUGGAUUGAUGGAUCUGUUGAUGGUGAUCUUCCCAUGGCACGACUGUCCGAGAUGUUUAAUGUCAACCACUUUAUCGUUUCACAGGUUAAUCCCCAUGUGAUACCCUUUGUUCCCCCGGAAGAAGCCUUCUUGUUCGCGGAGCUCAGUGAACGCCGACAACCUCCCGAAAAUGGAAAAACCCAUCUUCCUAAAGAAUUAAUGAAAGAGGAGGCGAUGGGUAAAUUAAAUCUGCUUUCCGGUAUGGGACUAUUUCCCAAUACUUUGAGGCGCUUUGCUUCGAUAAUGAGGCAAGAGUACUAUGGUGAUAUAAACAUCUUACCGGAGAUUACGUAUGAAGUUUUUCCUAGCAUGCUGCGAAAUCCUACGCCUGACUUCAUGCUUCGGGCUUGCCUUACCGGCGAACGUGCUACAUGGCCCAAAUUGGGGCGCAUUCGGAAUCAUUGUGCCGUCGAAUUAGCUUUGGAUGCUGCAAUUCCGAUUAUGCGCGACAAGGUUGCCGCCAUUGCAAGGAGCGCGAAUAUCCCCAUGAAACAUUUGACCUUCUACACGGAUGAAGAUCUUUAUUUAGAGGACAAUACGGCAAAGAUACCGCAAAAGAUCACCCCUAAGAAUUCUUUCCAUGGUGCACACACGAACCAAAUUUUUCACCACUCCAACCCCGUUUUUGAAGUACGGAAAAGCAGGAGCUCCAUUCACAUGGCGAGCAUUGAACACAGCUUUACGCACCAUACACAUCACUUCCACGCCGCAGAAUCCAAAACUCAUUUCCUCAACCCUGCCUCCCUGGCAGUGAAUGAUAUCUCUGGGCACACGAGCCAGGUGACUUACUCCGAACUGGAUACGAGACGAGUUGAUAAGCUGUCGUCAGUAAUAUGGCCCGACGAAUUAACAUCUCUUUCCAGACCAGUUCAACCAGAGCGGCAUGUACCAACAGUCUUGCCACACCGCGGGUCCUACGCCCGAUUACCAACCCCUUUAAUUCCAAAUCCGCCUAUUGCCCGAAAGACUCGCCGGGCAAAUAAUUCCAAGCUCUUUCCAGCAGGAGUGACUUUGCCGCGUUUCAUAAUGACUAUGAAGAGUGGACCUCCAUCUCCAGUGCCUUACAGGCACAUUCGACAGAGCUCCAGUGAGUUGGUGAAGUAUAAUAGUGUGGUUAAUUUGUGA